ACCUAAUGCGGACGAGUUCGUUGACAGCUAUGGGUUAGUGGGUUGCACCUUAGGUUCACUUUCUACGCUGGGUUCCCUGUGUAAAAACAUUUCGGGCCAGCGGUAACACAAAUGAAAGCGGUAACACAAGCGAAAACAAGAUGGCUGUCGUGCCACUUGAGAUUUCACGCGUUCAGGACAUAUCUGUCGAAGAUUUUCGGAAAAACCACCUUCAAGCCGGCGAGCCAUUAAUAAUCGAAAAUUUUGCAAAGUCAUGGCCAUGUAUGAACUGGACGUUCGAGUCCUUAAAAGAAACAGUCGGGGCAAAUAUGGUUCAUGUUCGGCGAAACACAAUUUGUGAAGACUAUAAAGUUGGUAAAAAGUACAAUAUCGACCAAAUUCCGUUCUCUGGAUACGUACAAGAUCUCACCAGUGGCAACAAGCGAUCAAUGAACUCCUAUUUAGCUGUGCAAAACAUCAAACAAGCUUUUCCAGAGUUGCAAAAUGAGGUUCCUAUACCACCAUUUGUAGGAAAAUUGCAUGCUGGCCCCUUUCUUUGGAUGGCUCGGGAAAACCAUUAUGAAUUUUGUCAUUUUGAUCCAGACGACAAUUUCCUUAUAAUGGUACAUGGUCGAAAACGUGUGAGACUCUUUGGUGGCAGACUGUCUCCACUGUACCCUAACGAGCUUGGUUCAAAAGGGAGGACUAUCCAAUCACAAGUUAACUGUGAUAAGCCAGAUCUUGAUAAGUUUCCUGAGUUUGUUAAUGCUGUCAUGUAUGAGUGCAUAUUAACACAUGGAGAAAUGCUGUUCUUCCCUGCAUUCUGGUGGCAUCAAGUAACAUCACUUGAAAUGUCCAUAUCAAUCAAUAUGUUCUUUGGUGAUGCUGGCGAUAACAAUUACUUGACCAAAAUUAUGUCACCACCUUGGGCUGAAGGAUUUCAUUAUUGGUUCCUAAACAUCAUCGAACAGAAUCGGGAGACACCAUCGUUUCAUAGACUCCUUUCUGAACCUAUCAGAAACUUUCUUAUUACACAGUGGAAGGAGUAUGCAACAGAAGAACAGGUUUAUGAACUAGUUCAGUUAGCAAUGAAACAUUGUGGCAUUGAUAAGCUUCCUCUUACUGACAAAACUGCCAAUAAUCCAAAGAAACUGAAGAUUAGAGGCUUGUUGUGGAGAAAAUGAUUGCUGUGAUUAAAUUCCAAAUCACUCAGAAAUUUAUGCUAAUAUUUUCUAGUUCAAGAUAGCUUUAUCUAAAUUACCAUAGAUAGGUUUAUCUAAAUUAUUGUCAAAAAUGUUUGUAUAAACUUGCUUAUAUCUUGGGUUAGGUAGAUGAAAAACUUUAUAGACAAGCCAAUCUCUAAAAAGAAAAGAAAAACUUUACUUUAAGGUAUUCAGAAAAAAAGGUUUGAGUAGCUAGAAUCCACUGAAAGGGAAUCGUGUCAAGUAAACCUAUUGAUAAAAAAAAAA